AUGGCGGAACCAUCAGGAAGAAAGGGGGCGUCUGUGCCUCCAGCUCCGAAGUCGCGUCGAGGAUUCGAAUGUAUUGAGGCAAUACGGGUCUUCGAGGAGAGUGUGGCCACAGAACUCAAGCAUCUCAAGCUUUCACAAAAUUACCAGAUGAACCCGUCUCAUGUGCCAGUCAUCACAGAGAAGGUCAACCAUCGUGGCAGCCAUGAGACGAAAGUCCCUCAUCCAGCAUAUGCGGAUAUUACGAGGAAAGUUCAAGAGCAUUUGCAGCCCAGCAUUCAGAAGCUCCGUUUCUCUGAAACAAGUUCCCAGGAGGUUGGUUGGAUUGUGCUCAAGGAACUAGAGAAAGGUACCGAGUGGCGACCGGACGGGUCAACGUCAGGCCUUCGAAGGCCAGACUCGGAGCAGUACUGGCGUGUUCCCCGCCGAUCCUGCGAUAUCACGAAAACGGGAGAGCUGUAUUUCAAGCAAAUGCACCGAAAUAUGUUCCAAAAGCUGGACGCAUCUGCGAGUUAA